AUGGAAAGUUAUAAAGCUGGAGCCCCAGAAGAACUGAAAAUGAGGUCAGAUAAACAAGCAGAAACACAUAAAGGUGAUCCUAAUGACAGUCUACUAUCACAGGUUCUAUCCAGCCAUGUGACUCUCCUAGUCCCAGAGUUCUUGGAUCCAGCCCUCACCCAGGAGAAGGCCUCUGUCCAUGACAUCAGCAAUAUACAACACAUACCUGCAGAGGAGUCCAAAGUUCCACAGCUGGAGAACACAUUCCUCCCUGAGCAAGGUGGUGACAUCUCCAGUUCCUCAGCGAAAAUCUUGCAGCUCAAGGAAGGUGAUACCACCAAUACCUCAACAAAAACCAUCCCACCCAAACAGAGUGACACACCCAGUUCCCCAGGGAAAACCGUCUUGCCUAAAGAAGGUAACACCUUUAAUUCCUCAGAAAAAAACAUCUUUCCCAAAGAGGGUAACACUGCUAAUUCCUCAGAAAAAAACAUGCAGUCCAAGCAGAGUGACAUCUCCAAUUCUCCAACCAAAACUAUCCCACCGAAGCAGGGUAACAUCUCCAGGUCCCCAGGAAAAACCACCUUGCCUAAAGAGGGCAACACCCCUAAUUCCUCAGAAAAAGACAUUCCAUACAAGCAGGUUGACAACCCCAAGUACUCAGCAAAAACCACCCCGCCCAAUCAGGCUGACACCUCCAAGUCCUCAGCAAAAGCGAUUCUGCCCAAGCAGGCUGACACCCCCAAUUCCUCAGAAAAAACCAUCCCACCCAAGCAGGUUGAUAGCCCCAAUUUCUCAGAAAAAACCAUCCUGCUCAAGCAGGCUGACACACCCAUUUCCUCAGCCAAAACUAUCCUGCCCAAGCAAGACAAAACCCCCAAGCUCUCAGCAAAAACCAUUUCCCCUAAACAGGGUGAUGUCCCCAAAUCCUCAGAAGAAACCAUCCAGCCAAAGGAGGGCAAUACCCCCAAGCGCUCAGCAAAAUUCAUUUCACCCAAAGAAGGUGACGUCUCUAACUCCUCAGAAAAAAACAUUUCACCCAAGCAAGGUGACACCCCCAAACCCCCAGAAGAAACCAUUCAGCCCAAGGAGGGUGACAUUCCCAACUCCCCAGAAAAAAACAUUUCACCCAAGCAGGGUGACAUCCCCAAAUCCCCAGGAGAAACCAUCCAGCCCAAAGAGGAUGACACUUCCAACUCCUCAGAAAAAGCCAUCCAGCUCAAGGAGGGUGAAACCCCCAAGCCCUCAGAAGAAACCAUUCAGCCUGUAGAAGGUGACAUCCCAGCAGAAGAAACAGUGGAGCUCUUAGAGGUCGACUUGGUGAAAGUGAUCCUGAACAAACAGGAUUUUGAGUUGGCACUCAAGGAGGCUGGGGAGAGGCUGGUGGUCGUGGACUUCUCAGCCACAUGGUGUGGGCCUUGCAGGACCAUCAAGCCCCUUUUCCAUUCCCUGUCUGGGAAGCACAGGGAUGUAGUGUUCCUGGAAGUGGAUGUUGAUGAGUGUGAGGAGGUGGUGAAAGACCAUGAGAUCACUUCCAUUCCAACCUUUCAGUUUUAUAAAAAAGGAGAAAAGGUGGGUGAAUUUUGUGGCGCCCUUGAAGAAAAACUCAAAACAAUCAUUGCAGAAUUAAAGUAG